AUGAGCGUCUCUAAAGAAAUAAACCACGAUAUCAAUCUUGAUAGAGUCUUGGAAGUUCUAACGAGAGUUGCCAAAGAGGCAGGUGCAAUUAUCAAAAAGCGCAAUGGAACUACCACUUUUGACAACAAGAAAAACUCAGUUGACCUGGUUACGGAAGUGGAUCAACAAGUAGAAGAUUUCAUCAAGAAGGAACUUUUAGAAGAGUUCCCAGAUUUUGAGUUCUUCGGUGAAGAAAGCUUUGUUCCAGGUUCUCGUGUCCCAUUGGGCCCUACCUUCAUCGUAGACCCGAUUGAUGGAACACUCAAUUUUAUUCAUGAAUUUCCAUUCUCCUGUACUUCACUGGGCUUCUCCAUUAACAGAAAACCAAUGGUAGGAGUCGUCUACAAUCCCCAUUUGGACUUACUUUUCACCGGAAUUAGAGCCUAUGGAUCAGCUGCUAUGAACCUGUGUUACAUGGCCACUGGUGCUAUAGAUGGAUAUUGGGAGAAUCAUAACUCGUGGGACUGCUGCGCUGCUUGGGUUCUUUUGGAGGAAACUGGCGGUAUUGUUAUUCACGGUAAUAAUGGUAAAUAUGGAGAACCCGUCGAUGUGGAUGUCAAUUGCUAUUUCUACGUUCGUGGAGCUCCAGAAGAAGACCAAAAAAAGUUUAUUACAUCAUUUCAGGAGCAUAUCACUGGUGAACUGCAAGGCCCUGAAAUCCAUUAA